GAACCGGAGCGACAACCAUCCCUCCCAGUACUCUAUUCACGCCUUCCGUUGGUUCUCCUGCUCAGGUAGUGGCGGUCAAUGGCGGUGGAAGCAUGGGAGCGCUGGGCGUACCUAGCAAUUCUCCCACUGUUCCAACCGUCAGCUCGACCACAACGACAACAAGCUCUAAUCAGCAUCAUAACGCUAAGGGAGAUCUGGUUGUCAGCUCUUCGAAUCCUACGUCCGCCACGUCCGUUAACGUAAGUAUCGGAAACGGUACGACGGCAAAUGCCGGUGCCGGAGGUGGCGGAGGAAUUGCGGGUAUAGUAGGAGCAGCCCUACUACCGACUCCCAUAGCACCAUUGACGGAAAAGCGCCGGCGGCACACAGUGGCAAGGAUAAUCUCGGCAACGCACACCAUCAAUGGGACGCUCCGGCAACGUGUACGCCGGGUCGCUUGCACCUGUCCGAACUGCGAAACAAAGUUCGAUGGGCCGGGGGAUCGGAAAAAGCAACACAUAUGCCACGUAAGCGGCUGCAACAAGGUGUACGGCAAAACGUCCCACUUGAGGGCACACCUUCGGUGGCACACGGGAGAGCGGCCCUUCAUAUGCAACUGGGGCACGUGCGGGAAGCGGUUCACCCGAUCGGACGAGCUACAGCGACACCGGCGGACACAUACGGGCGAGAAGCGCUUCGAAUGCACCGAAUGCAACAAAAAGUUCAUGCGAAGCGAUCACCUGUCGAAGCACAUUCGCACCCACAGCAAACUGAAGCGGGAUAAUUCUGACGAUGAACUUAAUUACGAGGAAGAGGAAAUCCAAGAUAUCGAUGACACUGACUACAAAAUGGAUGACUACGACGACGAACUGGACCAGGAAAGGCUAUCGCCAACCUCCUCGACCGCAGCUUAUAACGCCGAAGAAAAGGAGGAACUCGGAUCGAACCAUACGGGAUCGUCCGACAGCAACGACAGUUCGGACGAAAAAAUGAUGAUCACCAUCGGGGGCGACGAUGCGGAACAAGCGUAUGAAUCGAAUUAG